ACCCCCUUUGGCUUUCUCUUGUGUUAUAAAUAAAGAUCAUUAGGCGCCUCCGUUUUGUCGCCACAACGAAAUGGAAAAUAAUAAUAACAACAAUAAUAAUAAUAAUAAUAAUAAUAAAGGAAUGAGAAAAGGAGCGUGGACUAAAGAGGAGGAUCUUCUUCUCCGAGACUGCAUUCGUAAAUACGGAGAAGGCAAAUGGCAUCUCGUCCCUCUCCGUGCUGGGUUGAAGAGAUGUAGGAAGAGUUGCAGGCUGAGAUGGCUCAACUAUCUCCGACCCGAUCUUAACAGAGGCUUUUUUACGAAUGAUGAAGUUGAUCUCAUUGUCAGGCUUCAUAAACUGUUAGGCAACAGAUGGUCGCUGAUCGCCGGCAGACUUCCCGGACGGACUGCAAACGACGUCAAGAACUUCUGGAACAGCCACAUUUCGAAGCGACCGCCCAAAGAAAAAACCAUCACGGAGAGCAACAUCGUACGGCCUCGAGCUCGGACCUUGUCCACCUCACACCCUCCGUCUUGGUCCACCAAACUAGCCGUGUCGAGCUCAUCCACUCCCGCUGAGAAACUUCCCUCGAACAACGAUCCAACGAGGCCGUCUUCAUCAGCGCUGCAGGAUGAUCUGGACGAGUGCAUGCAGUGGUGGGGAGACUUGCUCGAGAUGGCGGAAAAUGGGGUAACCAAUCCGUUUAUGCUCUCCGAUGAUGACGUGGCACGUGUACCAGAGCCGGGGAUAGGGGAUCUCGGCGGCGCCGAUGAAGACGGCUUGACGUUUGAUGCGGAAAUGUUGUUUGGAGGUUGAGCAAUAAUUUAGAGAUGGACCCAUUAAUGAUUGGUAUAUAUAUGUAAUGUAGUGAAAGGUCCUUUUGCUUGUUGAGUUGUAUGAUGUACUUGUAUCUUUUGUACAUCUUCUGUGAUAAAAUAAAUAAAAAGCUUUAUUAUAAUAUUUCAUUC